CACCAAAAGUCGCGAUCGUAGUCCUCGUCUACGGAGAAGAAGACCGAAGCCGCAAGAGGUUUAGUGAGCAAUUCGUGGGAGAUAAGGAAGUUCAUACUGAGUGUACUGGUGUGUGAUAAGAAAGCAUUCUUGUUUUGACUGACUUUUGAACUGUAAUAGACUUUCCUGAUCUUGGGGGAUCAUUAGUGGAAUUGAUCGGGUGAACUGAACGUGAUAACUAAUUGUGAUUUGAUUUACGUUGUGAUUGACAUCUUGCCAAUUUGAAGCACCUUCAAGUUUAAUAUCUGUUCGCGCUGAGUGGAUCGGAGCAUCGGUGCUCAAAGAAUUGGAUGGUGAAGACGAACCGGUAUCGAACGAGCGGUAUCAGCAGGGACGUGCCACAGGAAGGACAUAUACUGGUCGGGGUUCAGCAGCAAAAGUGGCUGAUUAAUCUACAAGAUUCGACCAAACUAGCAGACUUACUUUUUGAUCAGUGUGGAGACUGUAACAAAAUGGCUUGCCUUCCACAAUCAGCAUUCGCAGUGCACAAACUGCGUAAGCCGCAAAACGAGAAGGAUCUUGCUGUGGCACGCCUCAGCACCGAUAAGCAGGACGCGCCGCGCUACACAAACGGCA